UACAGGGAGCAACAGCUCUGUUAUGAGAGAGGACGGAUAGAAGCAAGCUAUUUUUUAAAAAAUAAUUUUAAAAAAGAGGACUAUAUUCAACUCGUUUGACAGCGCUGAUAUUUCGGUUGCGACUUCAAAACAAUGGUGCAGUCUUGUUCGGCGUACGGAUGUAAAAACAGAUAUCAUAAAGAUAAGGACAUUUCGUUUCACAAAUUCCCUCUGGCGAGACCCGACCUCUGCAGGAAAUGGGUGGUGGCGAUGAAGAGGCGCAAUUUCAAACCGACGAAAUACAGCAACAUCUGCUCACAGCACUUUACCAAAGACUGCUUCAAACGGGAAUGCAACAACCGGGUGCUGAAGGAAAACGCAGUGCCUUCACUGUUUCAUUUCAAUAAGCUACAAAUGAAGGCUGAAUCUCUAGAGCAAGCCAUCACUCCGGAGCUGAGCUUCUCCUUGCCUUCACCGAGCACACACACACCGCAACCCGACGUCCUGCAAACCCCACACCCCCGACCCUCCUCUCCGACCUCCGUCUCCAUACCGUCUCCGUCGCCGUCUCCGUCCGCCCCUCUGAAAGAGGAGGACCCUCUGAGAGCGAGCGCCUUCGUCUCCUGCGACCACAACUACACGCUGGACGACAUGGUGCAGCAGAAGAAGCGGAUGGAGCAGCUGGUGGAGCAGCUGAACAAACUGCGCAGGAAGCUGAAGACGCUGCGGCAGAAGUGCAGGAGGCAGGAGAGGCAGCUGGAGCGCUUCCGAGCCAUGGAGGAGAUCUCCACGAGCGGGAACGACCUGGAGCUCGGACAGAACUACGUCAUCCUGCCCAGAGAACUCCUCACCACACUUAAAGGCAUUCACACCGUCGAGGGUUUGUGAGACUUGCAGGAUUGUGCAAGGAUGCACGCGGGCGUGUUUGGGAUAUUUUCAUCAGCUUUGUGUUAAGGACAUUAAUCGAGUACACGUUUAACAAUCCAGUAAUCAAAGGCAGAUUUUUACCAUAACGACCAGGUCUUUAUUAUGUUUGUUUUAUUAUGGUUUAUGUUAUUAACAUGAUUUUAUGUUUGCAUUUUUUUUUAAAUAUCUGAUUCUAUGUUCAUAUUUGUCAGAAUGGAAAACAGCUGUCGUUAUAGUGUACUGUUCUGCUUGACCUCCUUGCAUGUAAUGCAAGAGUAGUGACUUUAUUUGCCUUAGCAGACCUGUAAACCUUCACGCACGUUGCGUACGAGCUCCAGAUUUUAACGUCAGAGUACGUGUUAUCGCUCUACGAGAAGCUCCGCCCACUUCCCCUAAUCUCACAGUAGUAACGUUUGGCACGUGCUCUCGUCUUGUCCCGACUCGAUUAUUAAAAAAUUUUUGCCCUGUUUGCUUUCUAUGACGGUAAAAGGAGAAUGUUUUGAGGCCGUCCCGCGCCUCGUGCCCCGAGUCCCCUGGGAUAGGCUCCAGGCUCCCCGUUACCAUGUGUAGGUUUUCUCUCAUGUCUAAGCGGUUUGUAAAAGGACUGUGUGUUAUCCUUCAUUAGUCCUUAAUUAUCGCAAGUAAUCGCAAGUCUGUGUUAAGAUUUUAAUUGUGCGGGGAAAAAUCUGUUGCACUUUAUCUUCAAAUCAGAUCUGGAAUCAUAUCUCAUCAUAUUUUCUUUUUUUUUUUUCUUAAAUAAUAUUUUUCUUUAAAUUUUGCUUUAUUUCUUGGAUUUGGUGUCACCAUGUUCCAAUAUAUAUCCACGUUUUAAUUUCUAAAAUUCUGUAUAAUAUAUGUGUAUAUAUAUUUUUUCUAUUCAUACAUUUUUUUUUCUAUUCAUACAGAUUUUUCAAAAACCACCGAGGGCGCUCACGUGUCGUAUGAAAAACGCAGCAGUGUUCGAGUCUCUAUCUCUAUCAUUUUUCGCCCCCCCCCCUCAACCCACUGCUUAACUCUGCAUCGUACAUUUUCAAAUAAAAGAAAGUCCCAUAGUUUUGUUGGAGCGCUGUCCAAAUUUUCCUAUAAACAACCCCUUCCUUUCCGUCUCGACGUCUCGUACUCGACUACAGAAUUACUCGACCUGUCUGUCUGCUUCGCUUUGUGUUGUUUAUAAAUACCAUGCUGCUUCCUUUAUAUAAUAUAUAAUGUUACGUGCUGAAUUUAAAUAGGCCGUAGUGCUGGAUUGUUCGUAUAUUUUCCUCAAAACAUUCACCUUUUUUUUUUUUUUUUUUUUACUUUUUUUUUUGCGCAGUUUCAGUUUAACUUUAACAGUUUGUGCACAUACAACACAAUAUGGACCUCGUGUACUAACCUCUGUUGAGUUUAAAUAUCUGAUUUGGAGUGAAAUGAGGCGUGGUUAAAGGAGCGGUUUGUCAUUUUUGAAACGUUUCUAGACCUGUAAUAAUUUUAUCAUCGUAAAGACACCAUAGGAAAAACUAUUAUCUGUAAUAUUAUUACCGUUUAAUCAUUUUGAAUGUUUGGUUUGUUUCAAGCUUAUGUUUUACGGUUUGUUUUUCCGGCCCUGAAAAUAGGUUAGCGUGACGGCUGAUGAAUUUAGCUGAAAUAUUAAGGGUUUUUCCCAUAAAAGGCGACUCAUAAGGCAUUCGAGAGACGCGUGAUGCGGUUGGACGGACGGACGGAAAAACUUGACGCGUUUGCCGUUCUCCGUCUAGGCAGGAGAUGGCGCUAAAAUGUUACAAAUAGGUCCUUUUAAAAUGAUGUGCAAUCCUGAUGGAGUGUGAUAAAUAUGAUUUUCUCAUCCGGUUUUUUUUUUUUUUUUGUCCUGAAAUAUAAUACUUGGCCUUCAGCUGUACGUUGAUAUCACAUAUGCUGGAAAAUGCUUAAAGAUUCCACGAAAAUGCUGAUAUUUGUGCUGAGUCCUGAUUUAUACAAAUGUAUACAGGUGAUUCUUUCUCUUUCCUUAUUAUGUCGUUUGUAUAAAGGUGGACUGUAAGUGCGAUAUGCUCACCGGAGAACUUUCUGGCUCAUAUGAACACACAUCAUGAGGUUUUUUUUUUUUUUUUUUCUCCUCCCAGGAACAGAUGAUUCAGAAACAAAUCCGCCGUUCUCUGAACAAACUGCAACACGUUGCAAUACGUUUCCAAGGGCUUUACCUGUCCGGGAUUAUUUUACAGUUAAUCGUUUAUGGUUAUUGUUACUUAAUAAUGUUAAACUGAAUCAAAGCCAUAUACACAUAUACUUGAUCUUUGGGUUAGGAGAUGUCGUUCGAAUCACUGCUGCCUUCUCUACAGUCUCUGUGCAAUCUCUUGUGUGGACUGACUCAAUACAACGUUACUUAAGAUUCAUUCUGUGUGCGUAUCUUCGUGUUUUUCCUCCUUUUAUGGGAAGGUGGGGAAGAUAAAGAACAUCUUAAAAGAACAGUUUAGUGAAAAGUAUUUGUCUGGUAUUAUAGUGUUGAACUCAGGCAAAAUUCUUUCUGUAAACACACUACUAUAUGUUCAAAACUCUGUGGACACCUGUCCAUCACGCCCAUAUGCGGUUCUUCCCCAUAUUGCUGCCACACAGUUGUAUAGGAUGUGUUUAUAUACUGUUGUAUUACAAUUUCCCUUCACUGGAACUAAGAGGCCCAAACCUGUUCCAGCAUGACCAUGCCCCUGUGCAUAAAGCCAGUUCCAUGAAGACACGGUUUGCUGACGCUGGAGUGGAAGAACCUGCUUCGAGUGACCUGCACAGAGCCCUGACCGCAACCCUACUGAACACCUUUGGGAUGAACUGGAACGCCGACUGCACCCCGGAUCUUCUCGCCCAACGUCACUAAUGCUCUUGUGGCCGAAUGAACACAAAUCCCCACAGCCACGAUCCAAAAUCUAGUAGAAAGCCUUCCCAGAAGAGUGGAGCAUAUUAUGACAGGAAAGGGAGAAUAAACCUGGAAUGGGAUGUUCAACAAACACAUGUCCUUGCUGGAAAAAAAAAACAAUAUAAACC